AUGGACGUCUGGGAGGACCCGGCGAUCUGGGAUGAGCUGGUCGACUUCGGCAAGGAGCACCCGACCGUCGGCCCGAGCAGGAGGUUGCUUGGCGGUAGUUUCGACCUUACCGCCGAGGAAAACCAGGUGUAUCUGUUCAUGGUUAUCUUCGGGGCGAUACUUUUCGCCACGCCCCCGUUCCUCAAGUGCCUCCAAAUCAUAAAGAAAAUGCGCGGGCUAAAGGCUGUCACGGACACGGACCUGGAGAUGUGGGACUUCGCCGAGGAGUACGAGGACAUGAAGCACAUCCACGACCCUCUGGACGGCGAGCAGAGGGACAACAAGAAAAAGAAGAAGCGCCGAGGUUGA